GAACUCAGUUACCAAUGCGCAUCGAUAGACUGAUCAGCAGCUUAGCAAUACUGCUAAGGGAUCUGUUGCGUAAGGUAUGCUCCACAGAUAGGACAAACUAGGGGUAUCCCAGGUCAAUUUCGAUACGUACGAAGAUCCCCACGGGAUCGGAUAGGUGGAGGACUUUUAACAUUAGCUUUAAAUGAAUGGCGUAUCAAUGCCAACGGUAGAUUUGAAAACAGGAAAAGAAUAGCCAAAUGGAACCAGGAGUUAAUAUUAGAGAACAAGAAAAUGGCAUUCAAAAUCAGUGUUAGCCCAGAUUCUCCUUUUACCCUAGACAAUAUACCGUUUGGGGUAAUCUCCACCGAAUCGAAUCCCCAACCACGUUGUGCGACGGCAUUGGGCGAUUAUGCGAUUGAUCUAGCAGCAUAUUGGAAAGACAGAACAUACGCUCAACUAAAAGGGUACAGAAGUCUAUAUGCUAUUUUCAACCAGCCCUCACUGAAUGAGUUUGCAGCUCUAGACUCGGCCAUCCGGUCAGAUGUUCGCACCUAUCUGGCCACAGAGUUUGCUGCCGGGAAUAUUCCUGAAAGAUGUGCAAUUCCUCUGAAAUCUGUGAAGCUGCAUCUGCCCAUGACUAUUGGUGGCUACGUGGACUUUGCGUGUUCGCUUGAGCAUUGUAAAAAUUGUGCCGCUUUAACCGGUGGAACGAUCUCCAAAAACUUCUAUUAUGCACCACUCGUAUACAAUGGUCGAACAUCGAGCAUUGUUCCGUCCCCAGAACCUGUCCGACGACCUCACGGAAUCCUCUACGACCCAGAAACCAAGCAACCGACAUUUUGCCCCUCAAAAAAUAUGGACUAUGAAUUAGAAAUGGGUUGUUUUAUCUCCAAGCCUGUUCUUAUGGGAGAGAGAAUAUCGGUCGAAAAUGCAGCAAACCACAUCUUCGGCUUUGUUUUGCUGAACGAUUGGUCAGCUAGGGAUCUUCAGGGAUUUGAGAUGAAUCCUCUAGGCCCAUUUCAUUCGAAGGGCUUUGGAACAAGUAUCUCACCAUGGAUCGUCACUUUAGAUGCUUUGUUGCCAUUCUCUUGCAAACCAUGGCAUGAUCAUACCGGUACUGAGUUUGAGCAUCAGCGUCAUCCGGAUCAAACAAAGGCAAGCUUUGAUAUUAGAUUAGAAGUGACUCUACUCCGGAACGGAGUCUCUCAUAAAAUUACGACUAGUAACUUGAGCUACCUCUACUGGACACCGUAUCAGCAAGUCGCACAUUAUGCUUUGGCCGGUUGUGGGUUAGAAACGGGUGAUUUACUCGGUACAGGAACUAUCACUGGAGAGUCUAAAAACGAACUCGGCUGUCUGUUUGAGGCCACUCUCAAUGGCGCGAAACCAAUUGAAUUGGCCAACGGUGAUCGACUCGGAUUCCUCAAGGAUGGUGACGAAAUUAUCCUCGGUGCGUCGUGUGGAGGUGGUGAAGGCCAACCCCGAUUGGGCUUUGGAGAAUGUCGUGGAAUAAUUUUGCCCGCUGUAUAA